AUGGGAAAGGAAAAGAUUCACAUUAACAUUGUCGUCAUUGGACACGUCGACUCCGGCAAGUCCACAACCACUGGUCACUUGAUCUACAAAUGCGGUGGUAUCGACAAGCGUACCAUUGAGAAGUUCGAGAAGGAAGCCCAGGAAAUGGGCAAAGGUUCCUUCAAAUACGCUUGGGUAUUGGACAAACUGAAAGCUGAGCGUGAGCGUGGUAUCACUAUUGACAUCGCUUUGUGGAAAUUCGAAACUAGCAAAUACUAUGUAACUAUCAUCGAUGCUCCCGGACACAGAGAUUUCAUCAAGAACAUGAUCACAGGAACCUCCCAAGCCGAUUGCGCCGUGCUCAUCGUCGCCGCUGGUACCGGUGAGUUCGAGGCUGGUAUCUCAAAGAACGGACAGACCCGUGAGCACGCCCUGCUCGCCUUUACCCUUGGUGUCAAGCAGCUGAUUGUUGGAGUCAACAAAAUGGACUCGACUGAACCCCCAUACAGCGAAUCCCGAUUCGAGGAAAUCAAAAAGGAAGUCUCCUCCUACAUUAAGAAAAUCGGUUAUAACCCAGCUGCUGUCGCUUUCGUACCUAUUUCUGGUUGGCACGGAGACAACAUGUUGGAGGCGUCUACCAAAAUGCCCUGGUUCAAGGGAUGGCAAGUUGAGCGCAAGGAAGGAAAGGCUGAGGGUAAGUGCCUCAUCGAGGCCCUCGACGCCAUCCUGCCCCCCGCUCGCCCCACAGACAAGGCCCUUCGUCUUCCCCUACAGGACGUCUACAAAAUCGGCGGUAUUGGUACGGUGCCAGUAGGCCGUGUCGAGACUGGUAUUCUCAAACCUGGUACCAUUGUUGUUUUCGCCCCUGCCAAUAUCACCACUGAAGUUAAAUCUGUGGAGAUGCACCACGAAGCUCUCCAGGAAGCUGUACCCGGUGACAAUGUUGGUUUCAACGUUAAGAACGUUUCCGUCAAGGAACUUCGUCGUGGUUACGUCGCUGGCGACUCCAAAAACAACCCACCCAAAGGAGCUGCAGACUUCACGGCUCAAGUCAUUGUGCUCAACCACCCUGGACAGAUUUCCAAUGGCUACACACCAGUUUUGGAUUGCCACACUGCCCACAUUGCCUGCAAAUUCGCUGAAAUCAAGGAGAAGGUUGACCGUCGUACUGGUAAAUCAACUGAAGAAAAUCCUAAAUCUAUCAAAUCUGGUGAUGCCGCUAUCGUCAACCUAGUUCCUUCCAAACCACUGUGUGUGGAGUCCUUCCAAGAAUUCCCUCCCCUUGGUCGUUUUGCUGUGCGUGACAUGAGGCAAACGGUGGCCGUUGGUGUCAUCAAGGCUGUCAACUUCAAGGAAGCUGGUGGCGGUAAAGUCACCAAGGCUGCUGAGAAGGCUACUAAGGGCAAGAAGUAG